UGCUCUCCCGAACCUGGAAGGAAGCCCAAACGAAAAGUUUCCGCGACGUGCGCCGCGCAGGGUGGGUGGCCACGGGAUAAAGUAGGCCGGCUGCGGGCGCGCCGCCCCCGAAGCAUCCGCCUCGAAAACCCAAGCAACCCAAACCCCCACCCACCCGUCGCCGGGGCCUCUAGGGUGCUCCAUGGGGAAAGCGAGGCGCCUCAAGGGCCGCGGCGCCGGCAGUGGAGGCGGAGGCGGCGGCCGCGGCCGCGGGCGUGUGCUGGAGCGCUUCGACGGGUUCGCGCCGGGGAGCUUCCAGAACGUCUCGUCGGGCAUGGCCUACUUCCCCUCCCAGGACCGGGUGGGCUACAUGAUUGCUCCACCCACUAUAUUUGGUGGUGCGGAUGGGGACCGCAGUGAGUUGAAUGACUCUGUGAAGAUGGAGGACAUGGGGCCACUGCAUGAGGCAGCAUGCACGGGGAAAAUUGAGACAUGCCAAUACUUGGUGGAGCAGCUUGGGUUUGACAUCAAUACUGAAGCUAAUGAUGAUUCAGGCAUGACACCUUUGGCUUGUGCGGUGUUGCGCGAUAAAUCAGUUACUGUGGAGUAUUUGCUUGACAAAGGUGCUAAUCCCAAUAAGCAAGAUAACAAAAGAUUUACUCCUCUGCACUACGCUACAAAAGAAGGGAAUAACCGACUGGUACGACUCUUGCUGUCAAAAGGAGCUAGUGUUGAUGUAUUGUCUUCUGAAGGGACACCACUACAUGUCGCUGCCUCUUAUGGGAAGUCUGGCAUCAUACAGAUUUUAUUGCAGCACAAUGCAGAUCCAAACACGGUUUCGGCAGAUUUAGGCACACCCAUGGCUGCAGUUCUUUGUGUUGCUUCUGGAAGAAUUACUGAGUCUGAUGCUUUAAAGUGCAUGAAGCUCCUUGUCAAGGCUGGUGCCGAUUUGAAUUGUGCAAAUCCUGAUACUCCAUUGGUGAUAGCAACUAGCAAAGACUUAUCUGAAUGUGUUGAGUAUUUGCUGGAGGUUGGCGCAGAUGCCAAUAUUCCAAGCAAUCAAGGCCGUAUGAUACCAAUAGAAAUGGCUGCAAACUCUGGAAGAAGAAAGCUUGUUGAGAUUCUGUUUCCUUUCACUUUACCCAUUCAAUCUGUGUCAAACUGGAGUGUUGAAGGAAUCAUUGCCCAUGAAAAGUUAAGACAAUCUAACAAGGGUAAGCAAAGUGAUAAAGACAGCAAUGUUCAGCUGAAAUUAAAUGCAGAAGUAACAACCAAUAAAGAAGACUCUGGUGCACCAAAGAAGCCCUGUGCCAAGGACAAGGGAGGUGAUAAAGAUAAGAAGGCUGAACUGAAAUUACUCGGUGCAAAAGCAGUCGAGCGUAAGGACUACGCUGCUGCAUUAAAAUUCUACAGUGAGGCAAUCAAAGUGGAUCCUGAAGAUGCAACGCUUUAUUCCAACAGGAGCCUUUGCCAUCUAAAGAGCGGCGAGGCGCAUGAUGCUUUGGCUGAUGCCAUUGCAUGUGUAAAUCUGCAGCCUGAUUGGGCGAAGGGUUACUAUCGGAAGGGAGCUGCCCUCAUGUCGCUGAAGGAGUGUAAAGAAGCGUGUGAUGCAUUCCUGGCUGGAGGGAAACUGAAUCCUGCAAGCGUGGAGAUUCACGACGCAUUUUGGGAGGCGAUCGAGGCAAUGAAGAAGCAACAUUCGGACCGACAAAGCGCAGGCCCGGUCUGAUUAGAGCCUUCCCGGGCAAGUUCAUGCAUGGUUCGGUUCGGCGGUGCUCCUCUUGGGCUUCCCCUUUUUGUGUACGUGUGAUGAAGUGGCGUUCUCCCUGCCUUUUGGUUCUAAACACAUGGAGAAGUGGCGUUGAGCCGUGAAUGCUCGGUUCUUUUAAAAUGUGUGUAACAUCCCGUAGCACGUAGGUUUAUAGAUAUCUAAAGUAGUGAUUUAAGCACUCUUAUAUUUCUUCAUGGAGGAAGUACUUGUGAUGGACGAAGCGGUUUUCUCUUUAUCGAUACUCUAGGUUGUAUGA